AUGGCUCCUGAUGCUUCUACUGCUCUUGCAGCGAGGGAGAAAGUUCAGCAGUUUCUGAAUGCAGCUAUUACUGGAAACCUUGAGUUCCUUAAGAAUGUUGCUAAGCAGCUUGAUGAAGGAAAAGGCUUAAAGAAAACUGUGGAGAGUGUCAAAGACGCAAACAAACGUGGUGCGCUUCAUUUCGCUGCAAGGGAAGGACAGACUGAGAUAUGUAGAUAUCUCUUGGAAGAGCUGAAACUUGACCCCAACACAAAAGAUGAAGCUGGGGAUACUCCACUUGUUCAUGCUGCGAGGCAAGGACAGAUUGAGACGGCUAAGUAUCUUUUAGAUCACGGAGCUGAUCCUAAUAUUGCUAGUGAACUAGGAGCUACUGCAUUGCAUCAUGCAGCUGGGACAGGUUGGUUUGUUGAUUACUCCGUUGUUUAUUCCGUUUCAUUUCUCAGGUCACCAAUUGUUGUGUGUGUUUGCUUAUCAUUAGGGGAAAUUGAGUUGAUAAAGGAACUGCUUUCUAGAGGUGUUCCUGUUGAUUCUCAAAGCGAGUCUGGCACGCCGUUAAUAUGGGCUGCUGGUCAUGACCAAAAAGAUGCGGUGGAAGUCUUGUUACAACACAAUGCUAAUCCUAACGCUGAGACUGAAGAUAAUGUCACACCAUUGUUAUCUGCGGUAGCAGCUGGUUCUGUGGCAUGCUUAGAGCUCUUGGUCAAGGCAGGUGCUAAAGCUAAUGUGUUUGCUGGUGGUGCAACCCCUUUGCACAUUGCUGCUGAUAUUGGAGAUCUUGAGUUAAUCAACUGCUUACUUAAAGCUGGAGCUGAUCCUAAUCAGAAAGACGAGGAAGGCAAUAGGCCAUUAGAAGUUGCAGCUUUAAGAGAGAACAGAAAGAUUGUUGAAACUCUCUUCCCCUUGACAACAAAACCUGAAUCUGUUUCAGAUUGGACUGUAGAUGGAGUUCUCGCUCACAAGGAAUCAAACAAAGAACAAGAGGACAGCUCAAGCAAGGCCAAAUCUGGAGAGAGUGGGGUCAAGAAAGACCUUCCUGAGGUCUCUCCAGAAGCAAAGGCUAAAGCAGCAGAAGCUAAAGCAAGAGGACAAGAUGCUUUCCACAGAAAGGAUUAUCAGAUGGCCAUUGACGCCUACACACAAGCAAUUGAUUUUGACCCUACGGAUCAUACAUUGUUCUCAAACCGAAGCAUCUGCUGGUUGAGGUUAGGACAAGCUGAGCAGGCCUUAUCUGAUGCUAAAGCCUGCAGAGAACUAAAACCUGAUUGGCCUAAAGCUUGUUUCAGAGAAGGCGCUGCUCUUCGUUUGCUACAGAGGUUUGAUGAGGCAGCCAAUGCUUUUUACGAGGGAGUGUUGCUUAGUCCUGAAAGCAAAGAGCUCAUUGAUGCUUUCAGAGAAGCUGUAGAUGCUGGAAGGAAGUUUCAUGGCAAGGACAAGAUUACAGACAAAUCAUAA